AACGGUGGUGGGCAAGUGCUUCCAAGGACACUAUUGGUUUGCCCCUGUCUGCCGGGCCAACCCUAUGACUUGCUAUCCAUUCAUUACAGCAGGUCCCGGCUACGGCUAUGAGCAUUACAUGCAAAAGGCCGCAGUGUUCAACAUGCCAACGGUGAUGGUGGUGGCCAAGCUUUGGAGUGAUUAUACAACAUUACCCAUCCAGGUCAAGUCAUCUUUUUAUUGGUGGAAUCCUGACCCCACCUUUCUGUCGCUGGACGCGCAUAGAGUGGUUUACCCGGACUUUGAUUCUUCAGCCCAUCGCGCAGGAAUCUUGACGACCGAUUUCGAAGCCGUGAGAAUCGACAAGUAUGCAAGUGCCGACUUGAAGGACCUGGCCCCUGAAGUGUACGAAGUGUUGAGCGAAUUUAACAUGGACUUGAAGGCCGUCAACAAGCUAAUGGGAGAUCUAGCAGAUACAGGUGAUGCACCCGAAGUGGUCGCUUGCCGAUGGCUGCAGGCAAACAAGGACCAUUGGGAGAGUUGGCUGCCUGACAAAACGGAAUGCUUUCCGCACUUUGGUCUCUACAAUGAGCUGACGGGACAGUUUGUUCAAGACAGGUCAGAUCCCACCCGCUUGACUUGCCGCGUUUGCGAUUCCGGUUCCUAUUCAAGUCGUCUCAAGGAUGAUGCUGGUGUUACGUACGUGUGCAAGCCUUGUGCACCUGGAAGCGCGCAGCCCUCUGGUGCCGCCUUGAAAUGCGAACCCUGCCCGACCGGGGAGUAUCAAGACAAGAAUGGGAGCACAAGCUGCAAACGCUGCGGCCAAGGCAAGUACCAAGAUGCGAAAGGACAAACCCAAUGCAAGGAGUGCCCUGCAGCCACAACAACGCUGGGAUUGGGAUCUGCAUCCGUCUUCGAGUGUGGAUGUGAACCUGGAAGAAUCAACAUCGCCAACGAAACUGAUCUGCCAGAGUGUACACCAUGCGGUGAAGGCCUGUCAUGUCCAUUCUCUUCAUCUCUGGAGACAUUGAAGUUGGGUACGGCACCGUUGGGUGAACAGUACCAACCAGCUUUGCGGAGAGGAUUCUACUGCACCAUGGAUUCUCCCUUGGUCGUGUUCAAGUGUGUCGAGGAUUCGUGGCUGUUCAAGACUCUGUGUUGCCAUGAAACCAUGGCCAUUCCAGGUUCUGUCCUGGUGGCGAAUGAUCUGCGCAGAAUGUCCUACAGGAAUGACAUGGACGGGAAGCGAAUGCACAGCCUGCGACCCCUCUACAAGCUUUUUGUGGUGGAGUCUUGUGCAGCAAUCUGGGACUGCUACAUCCCCCUGCUGGUUAAGAAAAACGGUGCCGUUUCUUUCUCUACUGGUCAAGUGACUAACAGCCAGAUCACUGUUUUGGCUUUGGACUUUUGUGGAGAGAAUGUAGGUGGUUACUACUUCAUGAAUCCAAAAAUCGAUGCCAUCGCAACAGCUCGACAGACUUGGGGGGUCUCUGUUGGCUUGGCCAUUAUGUGGUUUCAGACUGUGGCGAUCAUUGCCAUGAUGACUGUGGAAUGGCCAUCGAGUGUUUCUGGUUCACUCUCUGUGAUUCAGUUUUUCAUUCUAGAUGUGGAUUCUUUGUCCUUCUCAUGCAUUGCUUCGGACCAAGCUUCCGCCCGCUACAUCGCCAAAGUGCUCGUGUUCCCCACAGGAAUGGCAUGGAUGUGUGCAUUGUUCUUCAUCUCAAAAUGCUUGCCCAAAUGGUUGCAAUGGCGGCCGGCAAAGACAGCCAACACGAUUGGUCAUUACAUGCAGGCCAGUUUUGCUAUCAUGAGCACUGUGGCUUUGCAGAGUAUGACAUGCUAUGUCCAUCCCAAUGGCUCUUACAGCUUGGUGAAGUACUCCAGCAUCACCUGUGGCGAAGGUGAGCAAGCCACCAUGAUGGCAGCAGGCGUGUCCUUGCUGAUUGUCUUCGUCGUCGGCUUUUUGGCAAUCGUGACCUAUGCGACAGUUGCCUUACCAUCAUGGAGUUCAGACAGGAUGUUCCACCAUCGGGUCCAAAGCUUCAAUUUCCUGACAUUUCGCUUUCGCCUGGACAAAUGGUGGUUCGGAAUUCCGUUGCUUUUGCGUGGCCCAUUGAUGUCCUUGGUGGUGACAUGCGCAACAAACUUUCCAGCCGCCCAAGUGUGUUUGAAUUCGCUGAUCCUGACCAUCUACAUCGUGAUCCAGUGACUGCGUUUGAAUGAUCCCCAUGACCAUGCCCACUAGGUCACUGGGUCACAGGUCUCUGAGAAGGAAAUUCCCAAACAAGAUACGCGACAUGCUUGCGGGGAAUGGUGUGGAGGGAUAUUGAGUGCGCGCCAAGGUUCCGAGAAAAUG